UUUAAAAACUUUAAUAACAAAAUGUCAACACAUUAAAUAACAUGAUCACCUCAUAGAUGUAAAGACCAGUUUUCCAUUUACUGGAUUUUGCAUAUUGUAAUUUUGUCCAUGUGGGUGUUCUCCAGGAAGCCCAGUUUCCUUAAAUAUUUCAAAGACUUGUUUGGUUCAUCAUCACGUCUAAAUUAACCUACCAGGAUGGGCUCAUACUCAAAGCAACUGCAUUGUGUGAAAAGGAAACUAGGAAAAUAGAUAGAAAAUCUUGUCUUAGGAAUAAUAUUUUGAUCCUGUAAUAUGACCAGAGUAUUACAUAUGAAUAAUUGUUCUGUUAUUGUUUUUUCCCCCAUAGGUAAAAUGUAUGUAGCUCAGCCUUUGGUUAACACCAACUGAAGAAAUUACAGUGUUUGAAGUCUGUGAUAGUAAUUAAAAGUAAACUUUUUCUUUGAAUCUUGAACAGUUUCCUUGGUCAUCAUGAGCAAGCAGGAGCGAGUUGUUUGUGUGCAAGUGCCCAAUAAUGAGCAACUCAGUGUUACCGUUGGUGUCAAAGCACUUGGUCAUGAGCUCUUCAGCUGUGUCUGUGAACAACUGAGUAUUAAGGAUCCACACUUUUUUGGCUUGAGUGUUCUUAAAGAUAAUGAGUCUAUUUUUAUUGAUCUGGAACAAAAGCUCUCCAAGUACUUUUCUAAGGAUUGGAAAAAAGAAUCCGGCAAAGGAUUUGGCAAGUCUGGUCCUUUAUUCUGUGUCAGAUUUAAUGUUCAGUAUUACGUAGGAAAUGGAAGACUAAUAAGUGACAGGACCGCCAGACAUCUCUACUACUGCCACAUGAAGGAGAAGGUCUUACAUUCUGAAUGCACCCAUAAAGAAGAAAUCUACUUUCUCCUAGCAGCUUACGCAUUGCAAGUAGACCUGGGAAAUUACAAGGCGACAGUACAUAUUGGAAAGUACUUUGAGCCUGAAGCCUACUUCCCCCGCUGGAUCAUUCUGAAAAGGGGAUGUGACUACAUCCUAAAACAUACACCCAAAAUACACAGCGACCAGCAAGGAAGGACAGUCAAGGAAGCUUUACUGAGAUUUAUUAAAGAGUCAUGUCUGUUGGAGGACGUGCCUGUCCAUUACUACAGACUUCAUAAGGAUAAAAAAGAAGUCAAUGCCUCCAUUCUCCUUGGGCUAACACUGAAAGGACUACAUAUUUAUCAGGAUUUGAACAAUCGAUGUGAACUGCUGUAUGAUUUUCCAUGGUCAAAUGUUGGCAGGCUUACAUUCUUGGGGAAGAAAUUUGAAAUCCUGCCAGAUGGGUUACCCUCAGCUAGAAAACUGGUUUAUUAUACUGGGUGUCCCUUCAGAUCUAGACAUCUUCUGCAUCAUCUGAGCAAUACUCACCGGUUGUACCUCAAUAUUCAGCCAGUACUGAAGCACAUUCGGAAAAUUGAAGAAGCUGAAGAGAAGAAGUGUUACAGAGAGUCAUACAUCAGUGACACCCUUGAAAUGGACUUAGAACCCCUGGACAAGCAGUCAAAAGAUAGUAGGAGUAGCCAGGGCAGCAAUCGGAACCACCGAGUCUCUCUCCAGUCUAUCAGCAGCCAUGGCAGUUCUGGCAUUGAGGCUGACUCCCGUCACCAAAUGUCUGUGGAGAUGACAGUAGAUGAGCCUUUCUCUUUAGAGCCUACCCACAAGUCUAUGAAAUCUUUCAGCUCUGUCAUCAGUCAUGGAAGCUCACACACCUCAGGUAUCGAGAUGUGCAGCAAAGACCGCACUGAAGAUGACUUACAGGAUGAUGAGGUUGAGCUGGCAGUGGAUGGACCUCAAGAGCCAGUUGCAGAUGAACAAUUUAAGAUGAGCCAGCUUUCUGAGCAGAUGACAGAGGCGUCAGUGGACCCUCCUGAGCUGCCACAAGAAUUCAGUUGGAAGGAGACUCUCUGUAAACCCGUUAUUCAUGAGGCACAGGUCACAAUAAGUGCAGAGUCCCUUAAGCAGGCAGAGAAGUCCAAGCCUAAGAGUUCCCCAGAUAGACACAGCCAAAGUCUGGAUGACAUUCGUCUCUUUCAACAGGAAACCCCAUUAAGUUCUUGCCUUAACUCUGAAACUUCCCAGAGUUACACAUUUGGUAUAAAGAAACAACACGAGAAGGAUAACCAAUAUGGCUGCACAUACUCCACAGUCGAUUGUGAGACAAGGUCAACUUUCUAUGGAAAAAGGUCAAUGAACUGCCUUUCACUUGACUUGUUAGGAGAGGAAAAUUUUCUUGAAUUUGUAGUAUAAUAGCACCAUUAUCCAAGCUGUAUUGGUCUCAUUACUUGACUCUUCUCCUUUUGAGUGAUAAACAGAGAAUACUUCUGGCCUAUCUGCAAAUGGACAGUAUGUCCAAGGAGGACUCAGUGACACUCAUGUAUAUAACCUGUGCCUCACAAGUGAAGGAAAUCUUUAUCUUAUAUACCUCAAACCUUACUGCACAAGUACUGAAGAGUAUUAUCUGCAUGUAUAUUAAAUAAGAGGGUGUAAAGUAUAAUACUUUUUCAGUUGUAGAUUCAAGACUGUAUAUUUUUGGGGAAUAUUCCCAUCAACAUUCCAAUUUAUUUAUUCUUUGAGCAUAUGAAGAAAACCGAACAACUAGUACAAAGCAAUUUGUUUUUAAAGCACAAUAGAUAGUUACCUGAAAUACUGCUGGGAUGCAUGUUUGAAAUGUAAAUACUGCGUAGCCCAUUUGUCAUUAUGUCCAAAAAGUCUCCUAAAUGAUCAUUCAAAAAGUAUAAAAAAAGAAAAUUAUGAGCUAAAAUCUAGAUUUUACGAUUGAUUAAAGACUUUUGUAAAUUAUAUGUAGUACAAGUGGUAUGGAUUACUAUGAGCAAGUUAGAGGAUGUUGAGGACGUGAGAGUAGAAGGUUAUUUUAGUGGAAAUGCAGUGUGCAUGAAAACGUAAAAAGUGUAUGCCAAAGGAGAUCUAAUACAAUUAGAAGUGCAACAGAGAAAGAACAUGUUAUAUAAUGUGAAUGGAACUUUUGUACAAGCUCUACUAGUUUACAUUGCUGUCUCGAACAGAGUGGUCACAUAAAUUAUGCUUCAUUUUAGAAUUUUAGUCCUGUAGUACCUGGAUGGAUACUGCAACAAGGCAUAGACACAACAAUCCACAUCGUUUAUGUACUGUGUCAUAAGAACGAGACAUAAACAGAUAAAGGUUUGGGGCAGCCACCCGUAUAAUAUGGUAUCCUGGCUGCAAAGUCGUUUU